GGAAGUCACUCUGUUAGCUCUCAGCUAGCUUGAUGCUAAUGGCGCAAAGUUCCUCCUCUCGGCACAGACAGAAACAGCGGACAAACCUCUCCUUCGGUCAGUUUAUGUUGUUGAAGCGCUCCUGAAGACACUCAGCGGACCAGAAAUGUCUCCUGAUUUCUGCGCUGAAUCAUCUCUGAAGAAGAAGCGGAGCUCGCAUGAAAACACAGACUGAAACAUCAACAGUAGUUAGCGACAUUUCAUUCACCUUUAGCUUAGUUCUUAACAGUUUGUGUUAGUGUUGGUCGUGUUGUAUGCGAGUGAAGACACAAAGACAAUGGCAUUUUUCGUGAAGAAGAAGAAAUUCAAGUUCCAGACCCAUCUGACUCUGGAGGAGCUGACCGCUGUGCCUUUUGUCAACGGAGUUUUGUUCUGCAAGAUGAGGCUGCUGGAUGGAGAUUUUGUCGCCACAUCCUCCAGACAGGAGGUUCAUGAGAACUGUGUUCGCUGGAGGAAGAGGUUCACUUUUGUGUCCAAGAUGAGCGCCAACCCUCACACCGGAGUCCUGGAUCCUUCUGUCUGCAGGGUGUCAGUCAGGAAGGAACUCAAAGGAGGAAAAGCAUAUACGAAGCUGGGCUUCACAGACCUCAACAUGGCGGAGUUUGCGGGUUCUGGCUCCACUGUGCGCUGCUGUCUCCUGGAGGGAUACGACACCAAGAACACACGGCAGGACAACUCCAUACUGAAGGUGAUCAUCGGGAUGACCCUCCUGUCUGGAGAUCCGUGUUUUAAAACGCCUCCCAGCACAGCAAAGUCCAUCUCCAUCCCAGGACGAGAGCACACCCUGCAGCUGGACUGUAAGGGGGAGGGAACUGCUGAGCCCGGGCCGGCUGGAGGGGUUUCUCUGGGCCGAGCCUCCAAGCCUCGACCCUCCAUCAUCAGCUCAGGUCUUCUUGAGGAAUCAGAGGUGAACCAGUCCGGUUCUGCAGAAAUCUUCCAGUCUGGCCACUCUCGUAACUCCAGCUACGCCAGCCAGCACAGCAAAAUCUCAGGCUACAGCACUGAGCACUCCUGCUCCUCCAGCCUGUCCGACCUCACACACCGCAGGAACACCUCGACAGGAAGCAGCACCUCUGGGGGUUUGGGCUUCACUGCUGACACACCUACGGAGGGCGACAAGGACGCAGGACGUCCUGAAAGACCUCCUCGCCCCCCGAGGCCUGUCUUACCUCCUAACAGGCCCCCCAGGAGGAAGCAGGACUCAGUGGAGAGUCACCCCUCUUGGGUAGACGACACUCGCAUGGAUGCUGACGACAUUGUGGAGAAAAUUGUCCAAAGCCAAAACUUUGCAGAUAUCAACAACACUGAAGACAGCAACCUGCGUCUGUUCGUCAGCAGAGAUGGAACGACUGCGCUCAGUGGCAUCAGGCUCGGCAACAGGGUGUCUGCAGGCGGGUACGAGCCUGUGGUGAUUGAGAGCCAUUAAACCGAGCAGCAGGAAGAGGCGGACACGUUGACCCGUGGAUGGUGGAUCGUCUCGUCUUCUGUCUCGCUGGUUUUCCCGGAGCUUCAGCCGGUCUGACGCCGUGAGGGGAAGACAACUCGUCAGUUUGCACUUUAUGUGAAGUUUGUGGCGGCACUUGUCUGCACUCCGUUCAGCUGUUGUUUUGUGACGUUGAGGGCGAAGACUCAGAGUGAAAUGCACACAACGUUUCUCUGAUACUGCCGUGUGGUGCGUUUACCUGGUCCUGUUUUGUCCUGUGAAGUCCAGAGAUUUCAGGAGAUCACACUUUAUAGUAACUUUACAUGUUAAGAGAUAAUGCAGACCCCUAAAUCAUCCAUCUGUCCCCCAGUUUAUACCAGCUGUUCUGGUAGUAGGUGACCAGCAUUACAUCAAGUAAAAGCGAUGGAAACAUAGUGUUUGAAAUUACUUUUUGUGUAUCUGAGAUGAUGCAUUUUUCAUUAAGCUCCUGUUUAGCUGACAGCUUAUACAGACUUUAAUUUGGCCACAAGUUGUGCAGCCACAUGUUCAGCAGCAUUUUCUCUGUGGAUCCAGUCAGUUAUCUUUUUAAACACGUCUGUUAAUCUGGCACUGUUUUGCUGCACACUUUCUGUAAUGCUGAGCAAGAAUCCUACUGGGAGUUUAGUUAAUGUUUAAUUUUCAAUUUUGAUUCAGCAGGAAAGUUUCCACCUUUAAUUCAGAACUUAUAAACUGAGUCCGAACAGCACAACAGGAUAAAAUCAUUUUGUUUCAUGUGUUCAUAACAAAAAGUCAAAGUGUGUUAACUUCCACCGACAGGCAACACAUCCAAACACUGAAUGUGAUCCACAGUUUAGGACACCACUGAGCGGCCGUGAAGAUGCAGAAACUCUGAAUCGAUUUUGUCUUUUUGUUUUGAAGUUGUUCCCUGUUGAUCGGGGGAGAGCACUAGAACCACUCUGUGCCUGUAAAGUUUCUCUUGAAUGAUCCUAAAGCACCACGAACACUGUGACAACAGCGUGCUAGUGAUGGUGAGGAGAGAAAUACUGUUUCCUGUUUUGUUUCUUUGUUCUGCUUUGUGUUUGUCAUGUUGGAAGUUGCAGGUGUAGCCAUUAUGGAAACCCCACUGUACGCUCACUGCAUGUUGCUCCAUCUCCUGAAGGAUGCGUAAGACUUAGCUCUCCUCUCUCCUCAGCCAUCUGAAGUUAAAAUGUCAGGUAUCUGAAAACACUCCGACUGUGGUACAAACUGUGCUGGUUUUAUUUUGAAGAGGGAGACAGAUUUGUGCAGACUGUAAAAGUCUUUGUUGCCCCCUGGUGGAGCAGCAGCCUGCUGUCACGCUCAUGCAUGAGUCCCUGCCCUUUGCUGUUUACUCCGAGUUUGUUUACAGCUGUCUUCAGACGAACAAACAACAAAGAGGCAGAAUAAUGGGCGAGUCUGCAGCUCAGACAAACAGAGGAGGAAGAAUUGUCAUGGUGGCAACCAGCCGGCUGGUUGAUGCUUUUUUGUUUAGUUUUAGAGGAAAGUUUUUUGUUUGGAGUUUGAACUCUGCAAAUCUCCUCAAGAUGGAGCAGAAAGUAGUGUUUUUCUUAAACAGAGUCUUAAAAUGUUGUUUUUCUGUUCGUAAAAAAAGGUGAAAAAGUCCAUCAGUCAAAGUUUCAUUUCCCAAAUCUCUUGAAAAGGUUGAUUAAACUAAUAUUACAUGAAUAUUUCCCAAGAUCGUCCAGGAAAAAUGAAGUCUAGAGCUGCAACUACUGAUAAUUUUCCUCAUUUAAUUAGGUGAUAGUUUGUUUGAUGAAUCACUUAAUUUGUUAAUAGUUAGAUCAUAAAAUGGUGAAAAACAGUCAGAAAGAGUCCCGGGUGACAUCUUUAAAUUAUUUGUUUGGUCCAAAAAGCAUCCCAAAUCUGAAACAUAUUCAAUUUACAAUACAAUAAAUCAGUGAGCAACUAACAGACUUCUUGUUUCAGCCCAAGUUUAGUUACAUCUGAAAUAAAAUAAUCCUUUUGGCAGACUGUUUCCCCUUGUUAACAAUAAGAAAUUAGCUUCUAAGAUUCUUAAAAUCUUAUUUUUCUGUUUGUACAAAAGGUGAAAAAAGCUGUUAGUCAAACAUUUAAAAUUUUACAAAUCUCUUAAAUUAAUUUCAAGUACAUGGAUGUUAUGUUUCAAGAUUGUCUGGAAAAAUUAAUUGUAGAGCUGAAACUAUUGUCAAUUUUCCUCAGCGAUUUAAUCAGGCAAUUGUUUGAUGACUCACUUAAUUUGUUAUUAGUUUAGGUCAAGAAAAAUGGUGCAAAACAGUCAAAGAGUUCUGGGUUAUUAUCUGUUUGGUUUGAAAAACAUCUCAAAACUAAAGCAUAUUCAAUGUAUGAUACAGUAAUAUAGCAAAAGAGACACAAGACCUUCACAGGACAAUCUGGAACAAGCAAAUUGGCGACUAAUUUUCUGUUGAGCAACAAAUCGACUUUCUGUUUCAGCCUAAGUUUAGUAACAUCCAAAAUAAAAUAAUCCUUUGGAAAGACUAUUUUCCCUCAUUUACAAUAAGAAAUCAGUUUUAAGACUCUUUUUGUAUCAGUAAAUUUAUUUGAAUGGAGCAAGAAAAAUUGUUUUUUCCCCCACAGACUCUUAAAAUGUUAUUUUCUGUUUGUAAAAAAGGUGAAAAAGUCCGGCAGUCAAAUGGAGGUUAUUUUAAUUUCACACCUUUCUUGAAUUAAUUUAAAUUACAUGGAGGUUAUGUUCCAAGAUCGUCCAGGAAAAACGAAGUCUAGAGCUGCAACUACUGAUAAUUUUCCUCAUCUAUUUAAUUAGGCCACAGUUUGUUUGAUGAAUCGCUCAUUUAGACUCUAAAAUGGUGACUGGGUGACAUCUUUAAUUUGUCUGUUGUGACCAGCAGCACAAAACUGAAACAUAUUCAAUUUACAAUCAUCAAAAAUAGAGAAAAGAAGCAAAUCUGCACUCGUAACCCAGCAAAUGUUUGACACGUGCUUGACAAAUAACUGAUUCAUCAGUUAUAAAACAGUCCCUCUGGCAGAAUAAUUUUCAUCAUUUACAAUAAGAAAAAUAAUCUUUUAAGACUCCGUCCUUCAUCAGUAAACUUAUUUUUAUGGACGUUAUUUUUCCAGUGAAGCUGCAGUUUGUUUUCCAGCUCGUCGUUUCACACCUUCUUCACACUACGCUGGUUGAAUCCAGCUCUUGAUAUAUAAGUUGAAUCACUUGUCUUUACACUACCCUGUUUGUAUUUUGUAGCUGCUGUAUGUUUAUUAAUCACAUGGAUGAACCACUGACCGUAUAGUCUGAAUUUGGGUUUACAUCACCGCAGCCUUCAGUUAUUCUUUUAAAGCAUUUAUUUAUAUGUGUUUGUUUCUUUUAUUUGUCUGGAGGUUGGUUAUAAGCUACGCACACAACUCACCUCCCUGAGCUUUUUUUUCUUGUAGUAAUUCUAACAAAUUAUUCUAUUGUAACAAAGCUAGUGUAAUAACCUAAAUUUAUAGAGAACCAUGUUGAAGCUUUUCUUUUUUUUUCGUUUGUAUUUCUGCAGAAAUUAUUUCUAAACAAUAAAAAUCUAAUCUGA